AUGGCACCUAAAGUUUUUAUCACAGGAGUAACAGGUUACAUUGGUGGCGAUGCCUUGUAUGCACUUGAGAAAGCUCAUCCAGAGUACGAAUACACAGCUCUUGUUCGGAACCCAGAUAAAGGGGCUCCAGUAGCAUCUGUUUACCCCAACAUUCGUCUCGUAUACGGGACACUAGAUGAUGCAGAGCUGUUGGAGAAGGAGAGUGCAAGCGCGGACAUCGUUCUACACACUGCAGAUUCCUCCGACCACACAGUAGCAGCGAAAGCCAUCGCAAAAGGCCUCGAAUCCGGCCACAUCAAAGAGAAGCCCGGCUUCUGGCUCCACGUAUCAGGCACCGGAAUCCUGACCUGGAAAGACUUGGAAACAUCGACCUUCGGCGAACCGCCCUCCCAACCCCCCUACGACGACCUCGACGACGUUGCCAGCCUGACCAGUCUCCCAGACACAGCGUUCCACCGCGACAUCGACAAGCUCGUCCUAAGCAGCGCAUCCGCAUCCGUCAAAACGGCAAUCGUAUGCCCGCCCACCAUCUACGGUCCUGGACGCGGGACGCAGAACCAGAGGAGUAGACAAGUGUACACUCUCGUGCAGGCAGCGCUUGAGAAAGGCCAGGCGCCACAGCUCGGCCGAGGACUCGCGGAGUGGGAUAACGUGCACGUGCAUGACCUCUCGGCGCUCUUCGUGCUCCUGGCCGAAGCAGCCGUUGCCAACAAGCCUGAACUCGACGCUAAGCUGUGGGGGGAGGACGGGUAUUUCCUGGCGGAGAAUGGACAUCAUGUUUGGGGCGAGAUUAGUAGGGAGGUUGGGCAGGUGGCGUUUAGCAAGGGGUAUAUUAAGGUGAAGGAGACGAGAGUCAUGGGUACUGAUGAGGCGAAUGAGGCUUAUGGCUUCGAGGCGCUUUCUUGGGGUAUUUGGGGGUGGAAGCCGGUGGGGAAGAGUUUAAAGGAUGAGAUUCCGGAUAUUGUUGAUAGUGAGGCAAGGAGUUUGGGAUUGACGUCUGGGUAUGCGGAGAAAGCUGCUGGUGGAAAGUAA